CGUCACGGAAACCCGGAAGUGUGUGUUGUUCACCAAGGACAGCCACCGCCGCUUGCUCUGUUCAAAACUGGCAUGGCGGGGCCGGUGCUGCUGCUGCGGGCUCUCAGGACUCUGCGGCCGCCGACACUCACCUUGGCCUCGGCCACACUGCCGGCUCCGGCCCCCGGGAGGACGCUGCAGCUCGGAGCCGCGCUGCAAGCCGGACACAACAAGUGGUCAAAGGUGAAACACAUCAAAGGACCCAAGGAUGAGGCGAAGGGAAGGCUGAUUAUGAAGUAUGGUGUGAUGAUAAGAAUAGCUGUGAAGGAAGGUGGAGCAAACCCUGACCUGAACAUCAACCUGGCUCACUUAGUGGAGCAGUGCAGGAACAUGAACAUGCCGAAAGCCACUAUAGAUGCAGCCAUCAAGAGCGCGGAAAAGGCAAAACCAGCAUCCCAGCACAUGUUUGAAGCCCGAGGUCCUGGUAGAUGUCUGCUGCUCAUCGAGGUCCUGACUGACAACAACACCCGCUGCCUCCAGGAGAUUAGACGCCUGCUCGCGAGGAAUGGAGGGACGAUGUCAGACGGAGCGCGUCAUAACUUCAACCGCAGGGGCGUGGUCCUGCUGCCGGGUCAGAACGUCACUGCAGAAAGAGCCCUGGAGCUGGCUAUCGAGGUGGGAGCUGAAGACGUCCAGGAGACCGAGGAUGAGCAGGAGAACGCCCUUCUUAAGUUCACCUGUGACGUGACGGACGUGAAUAAGGUGGUGACCUCUCUGCAGGGGCUGGGAAUGAAGACGACGUCUGCAGGGAUUGAGUUUGUGCCCCGCACCUACUCAUCUCUGGAUCAGCAGCAGCUGGAAGCCGCUUCAACUCUCAUAGAUGUGCUCACUGACUAUCCAGAUGUGGUGCGAGUGUGGGACAAUAUCCAGGCUGACAGCUGAGUGGGAUUUCUGCACACUCGGUGGACGCUACGUAUUAUACACGUGACAUAUGUGAUUUGUCAGACAGUUCAUCAAGGGAUGCUGAUACUCCCAUACGCCAUCAAGGACAGAUAUGAUCACGGAACAGUUUUCAUGUGUUACCUGUGGUAAAAUGUAAAGGGAGACGGUUCAUUUUGCUCAUUAUUAAGGACAGAUUCUCUUAGAGAAUCUGCUUAAAUACAAACAAUCAGCCUAAAGCACCCAGAAGCCUUCGUUGGAGACGCUGUCAUCACUGCUCUGAAGGAUUUCCCUCCUGGUUCAUUUUAAGAUGCUUUUACAAACAUGCUUUUGAAACAACACAAAAUAACA